UGGGCGCUGCUAACACAUUCGAAGUCCACUCACACUCCAUCCCACCAGCCAUGGAUUCCAGAGACAAAGGCUCGCCUCCGCCGAAGCCCUCCAAGUUCUCAGUGUACCAGAACCCAUCCUUCUCCGCUGCCCUCACCGCCAAUAGCCUCCGCCCUUCCAAGCAUGCAGUCCUCUGCAUCUUCUCUCUCUCCUCCGCUACCGCCGUGGCCUUCAUUGCGAUGUUCUCCAGGGAAAAUGGAUUUAUUGACAAUUUGAAGCUCAAAAGUCUUUCCCAAGAGGCAGCCUAUUUGUUUGUCAAAGUAAUACAUACCGUGGUGGGCUUAGUAUUUUUGGGAACUCUAUUUGCACUCUUCAGAGCCAUCUCAUUGAGAAAUGCCGCUGUCGUGCCAACUAAAUCUCCCUCAAAAGGAAAUGGCGAUAAAAAACCCCUUACAAAUCGCCAAUUAGGACUUUUGGGAAUUAAGCCAAAGGUUGAACAAGUCGUAUCUGAGUCUUCGAAGAAACCUCCCAAGUCCAAACCCCACAUGUCUUCUCCUUCAGAUGUGCUUGUUCCACUUCAUCAGCCUAUCACCAGUUCAAGUCGUGUGUCCCGACUUGGCAUGGAUAAGUCAAACACCAGUGGAGGAACUAAGAUGGGAUCUAUCAGUAACACUUCUAAAUCACCUGGUUCUUCAUCUUCUUUGUAUCUUGUGUCAGGGGGUGUUUCACCAUUGUCUUCUGUCCAGAAUUCACCCGGAGUGGAUUCAGUCCUCUCCACCCCUUGGUCAAGCAAGCGAGCCUCUACAAGAGAGAUAAUGUCAGAAGAACAAUUUGAACAGUUCUUGGCAGACGUGGAUGAGAAAAUCACGGAAUCAGCAGGGAAACUGGCAACUCCACCACCCACCAUUAGAGGCUUUGGUGUAACCAGUCCCAGUUCAGCUAAUACAUCUGGAACUACUAGGAGUACACCAUUGAGGCCUGUCAGGAUGUCUCCAGGUUCCCAGAAGUUCAGCACUCCCCCAAAGAAAGGAGAGGGUGAGCUUCCUCCACCUAUGUCCAUGGAAGAAUCAAUUAAUGCAUUUGAGCGUUUGGGAAUAUAUCCUCAAAUUGAGCAGUGGCGUGACAACCUCAGGCAGUGGUUUUCUUCGGUUUUGCUUAAUCCCCUGCUUAACAAGAUUGAAACCAGUCAUAUUCAGGUAAUCCAAACAGCUGCCAAACUUGGGAUGCCGAUCACAGUUAGUCAAGUUGGAAGCGAUUUGCCAACUACUAGAAGUGCUACUGUGUCUUCAAUGGAUGGGACUAAGGAAUGGCAGCCAACAUUAACUCUUGAUGAAGAUGGACUUCUGCAUCAAUUGCGAGCUCGUCUUGUCCAGGCUAUUGAUGCUUCCACCUCCAAGCCUCAAUUCAGUCUGCAACAAACCCCACCACAAAAUGCAUUGGUCCCUCUUAUGCAGGAGUGUCUGGAUGCUAUCACUGAACACCAGAGGCUUCAUGCAUUAAUGAAGGGAGAGUUGAUUAAGGGUCUGCUACCACAGAGCAGUAUUCGAGCAGAAUAUACAGUACAAAGGAUUCGAGAGCUUGCUGAAGGAACAUGCUUGAAGAAUUAUGAAUAUCUUGGAAGUGGAGAGGUAUACGAUAAAAAGAACAAGAAGUGGACUCUUGAACUGCCAACUGAUUCUCACUUGCUCUUGUAUCUGUUCUGUGCUUUCCUGGAGCAUCCAAAAUGGAUGCUGCAUGUUGAUCCUACAUCCUAUGCUGGUGCUCGUUCGAGCAAAAAUCCCUUAUUCUUGGGAAUCCUACCUCCGAAAGAAAGGUUUCCUGAGAAGUACAUAGCCGUUGUAUCUGGUGUCCCUUCUGCUGUCCACCCAGGAGCUUGUGUACUCGCAGUUGGAAGGCAAAGUCCACCAGUUUUUGCCUUGUAUUGGGAUAAGAAAUCACAACUUUCUCUUCAGGGAAUGACAGCAUUGUGGGAUUCCAUAUUGCUUCUAUGCCACAGGAUUAAGGUUGAGUAUGGGGGGAUUGUUCGGGGCAUGCAUCUUAGUUCUUCAGCCCUAAGCAUCCUCCCUGUUCUGGACUCAGAAAUGGAAGACUGAUGGACCCAAAACAUUUCCUUGCAAUUGCCUUCUAUGCAUUACCAAAUGGACUCGUGAACAUAUCAACAACUCAAGGCAUUUGUUUCAAUGCUGAACUGCUGGAGAGGACUGUUUGGAGCUUGUUUAACGUUUUUUGAUGUUGGAUGAUUCUGCAGACAAUUGACUUGGAUUAUUUGGAGAUUAUUCUUUCAGCCGGCAGAUGAUUGACUUUGAUACCUGAGAUUCGGCAUCUCCAUAGUCACAAGUUGGAUUCCGUUUUGAUGAGAUAGAUGAGAAGAAAUGAAUUGGAUUUGAGAAAAUGAAUAGGUUAGUUCAACAAGAAAAAGAAAAAAACUAUUCAAUAUAUUUUGUAUGGAUUUAAAGUAUUAGAACAAUGUCAUAUCUUAUUUCCA